CCGCCCCGCCCGCGCCACCACCCCCGCCCGGGGCUCCGGCACCGGCAGCUGCCCCGCGGAGCACCGGGUCGGGGCAGCGGGAGCUGCGGGAGCUGCCCCGCGGAGCAGCGGGAACGUCUGGGCCGGGCACCGGGAGCGCCGUAGCCGAGCAGCGGCAGCCGUCCCGCCGCGCAAGGCACAGCGCGGCUGCGGGAGCCGUCCGGGCAGGCACCGGGAGCCGUCCAGGCGGGACCCGAAGGCAUCCGGUCACCGGGAGCCGUCCGGACACCACCGGGCACCGCGAGUCCGGUCGUCGGGAGCCAUCCGAGCCACCACCGGGCGCAGCAGAUCCCGACGGGAGGACCGGCCGGCCGGCUGGGCACCGGGCACGGUAAAUCCGUUCGCCGGGAGCUCGGGGCACCAUGGGCCCCCCCGACGCGCUGCCCGCCCUGGCCUGGCUGCUGCUGGGGCUGAGCGUGCCGGCGCCGGGCCGGAGCCAGCUGCACGGCGAGAAGGGCAUCUCCAUCCCCGACCACGGCUUCUGCCAGCCCAUCUCCAUCCCGCUCUGCACCGACAUCGCCUACAACCAGACCAUCAUGCCCAACCUGCUGGGUCACACCAACCAGGAGGACGCGGGGCUGGAGGUCCACCAGUUCUACCCGCUGGUGAAGGUGCAGUGCUCGCUGGAGCUCAAGUUCUUCCUGUGCUCCAUGUACGCGCCGGUGUGCACGGUGCUGGAGCAGGCCAUCCCGCCCUGCCGCUCCAUCUGCGAGCGGGCGCGCCAGGGCUGCGAGGCCCUCAUGAAUAAGUUCGGCUUCCAGUGGCCGGAGCGGCUGCGCUGCGAGAAUUUCCCCCGGCACGGCGCCGAGCAGAUCUGCGUGGGGCAGAACCACUCCGAGGACGGCGGCUCGCCCACCCUGCUCACCAGCGCCACGCCGCUGGCCGGCCAGGGCACGCCGGGCGCCCCGCGCUACGCCACGCUCGACCACCCCUUCCACUGCCCGCGGGCGCUGAAGGUGCCCAGCUACCUCAACUACAAGUUCUUGGGCGAGAAGGACUGCGCGGCGCCCUGCGAGCCCGCCCGGCCCGACGGCCACAUGUUCUUCAACGAGGACGAGAUCCGCUUCGCCCGCAUCUGGAUCCUCAUCUGGUCCGUCCUGUGCUGCGCCUCCACCUUCUUCACCGUCACCACCUACCUGGUGGACAUGCAGCGCUUCCGCUACCCCGAGCGCCCCAUCAUCUUCCUGUCGGGCUGCUACACCAUGGUGUCGGUGGCCUACAUCGCGGGCUUCGUGCUGGAGGAGAGGGUGGUGUGCAACGAGCGCUUCCAGGAGGACGGCUACCGCACGGUGGUGCAGGGCACCAAGAAGGAGGGCUGCACCAUCCUCUUCAUGAUGCUCUACUUCUUCAGCAUGGCCAGCUCCAUCUGGUGGGUCAUCCUCUCCCUCACCUGGUUCCUGGCCGCCGGCAUGAAGUGGGGCCACGAGGCCAUCGAGGCCAACUCCCAGUACUUCCACCUGGCUGCCUGGGCCGUGCCGGCCGUCAAGACCAUCACCAUCCUGGCCAUGGGGCAGAUCGACGGCGACCUGCUGAGCGGCGUGUGCUUCGUGGGCCUCAACAACAUCGACCCUCUGCGGGGCUUCGUGCUGGCCCCGCUCUUCGUCUACCUCUUCAUCGGCACCUCCUUCCUCCUGGCCGGCUUCGUCUCCCUCUUCCGCAUCCGCACCAUCAUGAAACACGGCGGCACCAAGACGGAGAAGCUGGAGCGGCUGAUGGUUCGCAUCGGGGUGUUCAGCGUCCUCUACACCGUGCCGGCCACCAUCGUCAUCGCCUGCUACUUCUACGAGCAGGCGUUCCGCGAGCACUGGGAGCGCAGCUGGAUCAGCCAGAACUGCAAGAGCCUGGCCAUCCCCUGCCCUCUCCACUUCACCCCCCGCAUGACCCCCGACUUCACCGUCUACAUGAUCAAGUACCUCAUGACUCUCAUCGUCGGCAUCACCUCCGGCUUUUGGAUAUGGUCGGGCAAAACCCUCCACUCCUGGAGGAAGUUCUACACGCGACUCACCAACAGCAAGCAGGGCGAGACCACGGUGUGACCCCCGGCCCAGCGCCGCCCCGCGCUCCCGGACGGGGCUCUGGGGGAAACGGGAGGGGAGGGGGGUAUUCUAUAUUUUUUAUUCUUAGAUUGAUUAACGUCUGAGGGGUGUCUGUCUGUUCUCUUUGGUGGCCUGCGCUGGGGGGGUGUAAUUAAACCUGUAAAUAGCAUUUGUAAA